GGAAAAACCAACUCAUCUCAUCGAUCAACAGCGUCUCCCAUCUUGUCAUUGAAAGAUAGGAACCUAAAAGUUGAAAGGAUAAAGAAACCGAGAUCUGUCAAUUAUGCAUUUAUGGAUGGCACCGUGGGCAGCGAACGUCCUUGAACCGAACGCAGAACUUUCUUGGCAAGGAAGUAAUCCACAACUGUGGGUGUCGUUGGCAGUACUACUGAUUACCAAGAGGAGGUCGUGAUCGACUCGAUAACCAACUGAUCACAGAUGGAAGAGUGGGUAUGGGUAGAUAGUGCUCAUAGCUCCCGAAGUGAUUGGUUGAUAUUCAGUACCUUCUUAAAAGACGCAGCAACAUACAGAACAUGAACAACCCUACAUCUCUUCCUUUCCCGAAUGCCGCCUACUCCACAACUCAACGUUCUGCAGAGUGCCGAAUACAAAAUAUUCAGAGUAACGGUUCUAAGUCCAUUUCUCGUAACGGCUUUCCAUUUUUUCUUGUACGGCCUCUACGUUCCUCUCUUUCGCAAUGCGCUUGUUCUCCUCAAAAAUCAACCCCCGUCCCGGUCACGAUGGUUCCAUCAAAUAUCGCUUAUAACAUUAUUCAUUUUCUCAUCUGUGGCUGUACCACUCGGCAUUGCAUAUGAGAUUCUUCAUGUAGCCGUCGCGUAUUAUACCUCUACGGAGAUGCUGUACAGGACUCUGAUUAUUCUACAGAUAUGCCGAUACAUCAUUAUGUUAAUUAUGGGGUUUACCAUCGACACUAUUUUGGUCUUCCGCUGUAUCGUCGUUUUCGGGUUUCGAAGGAAACGAUCUGUAGCUGCACUUGUUAUCGGUCUCUGUAUCAUCAUUGAUACCUGCGCUCUAUCUUUUUCAAUAUGGACGGAAGCCGCCUUUCUCGGAAAAAUAGGAGAAGAGUCGUUUUUGGGAUUCAGCAUCCAACAAUACGUUUCUAACGUGUUUUUGGGACUCAAUGCGUUGGUGAAUCUUUCGCUCACAAGCACACUUGCCGGUAGAAUAUGGUGGAUGGCACGCAGGAAUCGAAACUUGAGGCAGGCUUGGGAGAAAGAUCCUGCGAACGACUUGAGUGAGAGACUGAAUACCGUGGUAGCUAUCUUGCUGGAAUCAGGUCUCUUAUAUAUAAUUGGACUCGCCAUAUUCAUCAUUGGGAAUAUUGCCGGAGGUCACUUCGAUACUGGAUCCGUAAUGAUUCAAAUUGGGGGAAUAAUCCCGACACUUAUUAUUGUUCGUGUCAACGCAAAGGGUAGGCCCUCAGAGGCCGAAGAAUCCCAGAGUGACUCUAGGCAUGGACGAUCUUCAAUUUUCAGCCGGUCCGUACGGUCAUUGUCAGAGAUAAUCCCCCGGGUAAACCACUCUCUCGGUGGCCCAACAGGACUUCCUGACAGUCCUUCCGAUACCAAGCUUGAAGGCUUAGAAUUACCAUCCCGUUCACGUUUCUCGACUGAUCCCUGAACGGGGCUUCGCUGUGACUGUUUUCAUAAUUCCUUUCCAACCCUUCCCAUCCUAUGAUUCCCUUCGAUGGUCUAUCGCUCCGAAAGCGCUACACUCAAGUUCUUCUAGUUAUGAUAUAUAAAUUCAAGUGUAUUCUCGUAGUGUACGUUGACUCGCUUCUCCUCUCUCCCUCAUGUCUUUCCCUACAUACGGUACUCUCGAGACCCAAGAGUUUCCCGGAGGUGG